AGAGCGCAGACUCAAUCCCCGCUGCAGUUCACUGCGUUUCCGUAGCCAGUUUGUUACUCGCUGAGCCCUGGCUGGGGAAACAGCUCACGGAAACGAUUGAUCCCGAUCGAAUAACGCCAAAGCUGGCCACAUAAAUGGCGGAUUAACACUGAUAUCGGAGAGAACUCGCUAAAUCAAUGUUCGUGACUCGGGUGCGUUUGGAGAGUGCGCUGACAACACCGUCCGUAACAUGUGAGAUGUAUACAGAAAGAUAUUAACUGUACGUUAUUUCGGCUAACUAGCUAACAGCUACCCCCUCUAUUCAGUUUAUGGUAGCUCUCUUGAUCUGUUUUUUCAACCGUCGCGUCUGUACCGGAGGAAAAUGAAGAAGUUUAACAUUAGAAAGGUGCUGGACGGCUUGACAGCGGCUUCUUCUUCCUCGUCCACAACUGCUCAGCCGGGUACUCCCAGGGAAAACGAUAUUAUCCAGGAGACUCUCCAGUCGGAGCAUUUCCAGCUCUGCAAGACUGUGCGUCAUGGCUUCCCAUAUCAACCAUCCUCAAUGGCUUUUGACCCGGUGCAGAAAAUCUUGGCCGUCGGGACUCAGAGUGGAGCUUUGAGGCUCUUUGGCCGUGCGGGUGUGGAGUGCUACUGUCAGCAUGAGAGCGGUGCUGCUGUCAUCCAGCUCCAGUUCCUGAUCAACGAGGGGGCGCUGGUGAGUGCCUUAACUGAUGACAGCAUCCACCUGUGGAACCUGAGGCAAAAAAUCCCUGCAAUACUGCAUUCACUCAAGUUCAGCAGGGAGAGAAUCACAUACUGCCACCUGCCCUUCCAGAGCAAAUGGCUUUACAUCGGCACAGAAAGAGGAAACAUCCACAUUGUCAACGUGGAGUCCUUCACUCUCUCAGGCUACGUCAUCAUGUGGAACAAAGCCAUCGAACUAUCCACCAAGACACACCCAGGGCCUGUCGUGCACAUCAGUGAUAACCCCAUGGAUGAAGGAAAGCUUCUGAUUGGAUUUGAGUGUGGGGUAGUGGUGUUGUGGGAUUUGAAGUGCAAAAAAGCUGACUACCGCUACAGUUAUGAUGAGGCGAUCCACUCUGUAGCCUGGCACCAUGAGGGUAAACAGUUUGUUUGCAGCCACUCUGAUGGCACUCUGACCACAUGGAAUGUACGAGUCCCAGCCAAGCCUGCACAGAUCAUCACACCACAUGGAAAGCAGCCUAAGGAUGGAAAAAAGCCAGAGCCAUGCAAGCCUAUCCUGAAGGUGGAGUACAAAACAACAAGGGCUGGGGACCCAUUCAUGGUCCUGUCUGGAGGUCUGUCUUAUGACACAGUGGGGAGGAGAGCCUGUCUGACUGUGAUGCAUGGAAAGAGCACUGCCGUCCUGGAGAUGGACUACCCCAUUGUAGAUUUCCUUACACUGUGUGAAACUCCAUAUCCAAAUGACUUUCAGGAGCCUUAUGCUGUGGUGGUCCUCCUCGAGAAGGAUUUAGUUGUAAUAGACCUUGGACAGAUUGGGUACCCUAUAUUUGAGAAUCCAUAUCCUCUGACUAUCCAUGAGUCACCAGUGACCUGCUGUGAAUACUUUGCUGACUGCCCUGCUGAACUUAUUCCUGCACUUUAUUCUGUCGGCAGCCGGCAAAAGAGACAAGGUUACAGCAAGAAGGAAUGGCCCAUUAGUGGGGGAAACUGGGGCCAAGGCGCUCAGAGUUACCCAGAGAUCAUAAUCACUGGACAUGCUGAUGGGACGAUCAAAUUUUGGGAUGCUUCUGCAUUAAUGCUUCAAGUGCUGUACAAGCUGAAGACUGCUAAGGUUUUUGAGAGGGCUCGCGGUAAGGAGGAUAAGCCAAGUACAGAAAUAGUAGAGGAGGACCCGUUUGCCAUCCAAACCUCAUCCUGGUGCCCUGAGAGCAGGAUGCUCUGUGUGGCUGGGGUGUCUGCCCACGUUAUCAUCUAUAGGUUCAGCAAACAAGAAGUCACCACUGAAGAUGUGCAGCUUUUGGAGGUGCGGAUGCAGUGUGAGUUUAGCAAUGGGGACUCUCCUGACCCAGGGGGGCAGCAGACCCCCACCCUGCUCACCCCAGGAGCUUCCUCCAGCCCUCAGGAGAUCGAGCCACCCACUCAGUCCUCCACAGGCAGCAACUCCACUGAUGGACCCCGAGACAAUAUACCAUGCCUGCAGGUGCGGAGCUCCCCACUGAAGCAGUCUCCGGGCUACCAGGUGGAGCUGGUGAUCCAGCUGGUGUGGGUGAGCGGGGAGCCACCUCAGCCGAUCACCAGCCUGGCUAUCAACUCCUCCUACGGCCUUGUGGUGUUAGGAAACAGUAAUGGCCUGGCUGUGGUGGACUACCUCCAGAAAACUCUGCUUCUCAACAUGGGCACAACAGAGCUGUACAGCCCAUCUGACCCCUACCCGAGGCAGCCUCGCUCCCCACGCAAACCACGACAGCCCUCUGGAGACAUUCCAACUGUGACGUCUUGCAUGUCCAGACUUUCUAACUUGUAUACUGAGUCUGUGAAAAAACUACGUUCAUCUCACUUCACACCCUGUGAUUCCAACGAUGGGUCCAACACCUCAGAGGACCGCUGCAAAUCACCUACUUCAGGAUCUACUUCACCUUGCAAUUCUGAUGAUGAACGUAAACAGAAGUUCAUAGACAAGGUGAAGUUCAAAAGCAGACGCUUUUCCAAGACGGUUGCCAAUGACUUUGCCAAGAUGUCACGGAAAAUUAGCUCGUCUAGCGAGCAAAAGCCAGACCUGGAGGAGAGGUUCCAACGAUGGCGCUCUCUCACAUAUAAGAAGCGCUUUUGUUGUGUGACGGAAGACAAAGCGGCAGCCAGGAUGAGCCAGAAGGGGGGUGUCUGUAGAACAAAGUCAGUCCCCAACUGCUAUGCCAAGGAUAACUCAUUCACCCGCUCACGUAGUUCAAGUGUAACCAGCAUAGACAGAGAAUCUCGAGAGGCCAUCUCCUCCUUUCACUUCUGUGAGAGUUUCCCCAGGAAGAUGGACAACCUGGUCAGCCCCUGUCUGCUGGUGGGAACCACCCAGGGCUCUGUGACGAUGGUGGCCCUCAGCCUGCCACCCAGUGGGGACCAGAGGCUCCAGCAACCAGUGAGCAUCUCCUCCUGCGGCACUAUGGUCAGACUCAAAGGAGGCAUUUUGACUAUGGCCCUGUUGGACGCUACUGGAACUCUGCUGCCCCCUUCCUACGAGCCAUGGUAUGACUCAAAUGCCUCCGAUGAGGAGAAGGAGAAGAGCCGGAAGCGCAGGCCAGCCUCCCCUCCCUUGUCACAAGAAGGUCAAGAUUCCCAGUUCGCCGUGCUGUGUUCAGAGAAACAGGCCAAAGUGGUGGCCAUGCCCUCCCAAACCCGCAUCUACAAACACAACAUCACAGAGACCUCCUUCGUGCUGAGGGCUGAUGUUGUGCAGAUGACCGGAGCUAACUGCAUCGCCUGUUUCUGCGCUAACGGGCAUAUCAUGACUCUGAGUUUGCCCAGUCUAAGGCCUCUGCUGGAUGUGAACUACCUGCCGCUGACAGAUAUGCGGAUAGCCAGAACAUUCUGCUUUUCUAACCUGGGUCAGGCCCUAUACCUCAUCUCUGCCACCGAGAUCCAGAGGAUCACCUAUAGCCAGGAGACCUGCGAUAACCUGCAGGAGAUGCUCAGUGAGUUAUUUACCCCUGUGGAGACACCAGAGGCUCCUAACAGAGGUUUCUUCAAAGGCCUUUUUGGGGGAGGAGCUCAGUCUCUGGACAGGGAAGACCUCUUUGGUGAAACAGCUGCUGGUAAGGCCUCCCGUAGCCUGGCCCAGCACAUCCCAGGCCCAGGGAGCAUGGAGGGCAUGAAGAGUGCAGCAUCUGGGGUUGUGGGUGACCUGGCCCGCGCCCGGAUAGCUCUGGACGAGAGGGGGCAAAAACUGGGCGAGCUGGAGGAAAGAACGGCAGCCAUGAUGGCCAGCGCAGACUCCUUUUCUAAACAUGCUCAUGAUAUGAUGCUGAAGUACAAAGAUAAGAAGUGGUACCAGCUCUGAUGGCAGCGUGUGGAGCAUCGGACUCUGUAAUCACGCACAUCAGUGUCUCUUAGGAGCUGCAGGUCCCUCUUCUCUUCUCUAUUUCUUUCCACAUGGGUUCUGCUCAACAGACUCAUGCUUUUAUUCUCAGCACAAUAUCAUACACUCUGCAUUACCUCAGUCACCAGAGGACUGCCGAGGAGUAGACACUGGCUGACCCAACGUAAUGAGAAUGGAAAGAAAUGGAAGAAGAGAAGCCCUUAGGAAUCUCUCUUUCCAUUUCACUUGAGAGCGAUGAUGUUUAUUUAACAUCAGUCUGCCGAACAGGAGAGAGGGGACCUUUCAUAUCCAUCAUCAUGCACUCAUAUGUAUCUCAAAUAUAUAUCUGCACAUCCUGCUGUUUUGUUCUGAAAGAGGAAAGACAAUUCUGCAAAACAUGUACUUGUGGUGGCCUGAUUGCAGUUGUUCUUUUUCCUUUCCCUGCCCUUUAUGGUGUCUGCCAAACACAGUGGACUUAAAUGAGGAGAAAAGUCUGAUGACCCCUUGUCCUUCAAAUCUAAUCAAGUCAAUGAAGAUGUUUGUUUGUAUAUGAAUGAUUGAAUCAAUGAAGGACAUGUGUAUAUUUGUUUUUCUGGUCUAAAUUAUUUUUAGAGUUUGACCUCUGUCCUUUUGUCAGUCUCUUUUUGUCAUUUUUUGUCCAGAAAGGGCCUUUCAAGCACUUAGAACUGUAGAGAAUAGACAAGGAGAUGAUGAAUUUAAUGCCUCUCACUGAAUAAGGGCUGGUAGUACACUAGUUCAUCACCGACCAUUCCUUUUACAGCAUUUUUCAACCAAGUUGUUUUAGGUGAGAAAGACAAAUGGCAUGUUUUCUGAGAGUCACUUUGGUUUUAUUUUAAAAUAGAUUAUUUAUUGGAACAGUAUAAUAGAUAGGAAGCAAAAUAUGUUUGUAUGUUGGGCAUUCAAUUUAAGUUUUUUCCUUUGUCAAUUAAAUGGGCUUAAAGUGCUGAAAAUGUUUACCCCCGAUGAAGAGUUUACAUUAAUCUAUCAGAAAAAUCAAGAGUUCAUACACUGGAAAACCCCUGAAGAUAUUCUUCUAACUUUCAAGGGGCUGUAGCAACGUGACGUAUGAGAAGGAUGAUGUGCUGAAGGGUGAGACAAAGAUUGUCCUUAGUAUGAUUAGCAUAAAUGUAUAUUUUGGUUACAGUUUUUUGUGAUAAUGAUUAUAUCUAUACAUGCUUAUUCAAAUUUCUUUUUGGCAUUCUGUCACAGCUGAUGUUGAUUUUUGUCUGGUUUCUCAAUGUGUAGGGAAAAAAGCAUGUGUCUCUUACAGCACAAUGGAAAUGGUAAUGCUGUCUUUGUAUUCGUAGCUGCCAGUAGAAAUGGCCGAGCACCACAGAGUGUUCCACACAGUGCCACUGGUCAUCUCUCUCUCAACCAUUCACUUAAAAACUGUUUCUCUUAUGCCUUUGUCUCAUGACGCAUAUAUGCUAACCUCUACCUAUGUGUAUGUCUGUGUGUUUGUGAACAUACAUGUAUUCAGGAAUAUGUGUAUGGACGCCAAUAUUUAUAAUACUACAUAGAUACAGUGUAUUGCAAUAGGUCUUUUGAGGUUCUUGUUUUUGCUUGACAGUGUUUUUCAAUGUGAUUAACUAGAAUCCUAUUGUAAUUAGAUUUCUUUUUCAUGAGGUGCAAGGAUAUGCUGCUAUUUGUGUCAAUGUAGGAGCAUUACCUGUUGUUCUUUUAUUUUGAAAAGAGAGACAAGGCUAUGUCAGUCCAGAUUGCUGCCAAAUGUUGUAAAUAACGGGACAUCUGGACACAAAUCUGACAGUGCAGGUUCAAGCAACGUGACAUACUGUUCGCUUACGGCCAUGUUCUUUUCCGACACCAAAGAAUUGCUUAAUUUCACAGAGUUGUCUUGAUUUUUCCCAAACGGUAAGAGUCAGUCUGGGUACCUUAGACAGCACUCAGAAUUCACAAAAGUCUACUGUUUGUAGGGGCGGUAGUAGAUUGGCUUUAGCUUGUUCUUAUGGGCAUGCCACCCUCAUUACCCAAACUGCUGUACAUGUGUUCAGAGGACAGGCAAAGUGAAUUUGAAGCGUUUCAUUCCAAAAUGAGAUAUCCACCAAAGAAAAUCAUCUAAUACUGACUAAUGGAAAAUGGUUGCAGGCAUGAAGUAAAACUGUUAGAUGUUUUGAUCCAUUUUUGAGUAUUAAAUCUUGUAUACUUAGGAGAUGUUGAGUUGUCAGUUAAACCAAAAAUGUAUUAUCCAAGAUGGAUGUACAGCAUUUUGGAAUAAAACCUUUCAUUUUUAGCUGGCUGAUUUUAAUCUACUCUACUGCGUACUACUGAGAGAAACCCAUUUCAAAGAGCAGUUAUGUGGGUUUUGCACUUUUUUGUACUUAAAAUAAUUUUGUUAGUAUGAUUUAGUGUGUUUAUUCUUUCGUGUCCCGUUUCCUUAUUUUUGAAAGGACCAAAACAUGACAGAACCUAUGCUUAUCUAUGUCAUUUGCCAAUUAUGCUGAUUGCUUCACUCUCAGAUUUGUUUUCAAUGUCAGGUUAAUGAUACUAUGAUAUAUUUAUAUAUUUGAGAACAAAUAUAUAUAUACUUUUAAUUUCAAUAAUCUAUUAAAAAUGAAUACCUUUAAUGUAAUUUUGGGAUAGAAUAACUCACAUUAAUGUCCAAACAAUGGUUGUGCAUAAUUAUCCAUCAUCCAGACAUGAAAAUAAACAUUUUCUGGUUAUAUAUUGAACAUGCUCAUCUCUGCUACUGCAGGAGGGUCAUCUCCUUUUGGUGGGCUGCUGAGUCUUUCUACAAGCGUGGCCUCGACUUUAAAGUACUUCAGUUUGCAACAUAUAUGUCCUAAAUGGUCUCUUAUUGCACAUUGAAGGAUGCAUGAUAUUAAGUGUUUACAAACUUGAAGCAACCAUGUAUUAUCCCUCUUAGAGAGAUUGUCUGUUCUGGCAUUUGUAUUUACCACCAUGUUGAACAAAACGGAAAGUUCUCCUCACACAUCAGAAGCGUGUCCCACUUUCAUUUUAACAUGCCAGUUGUACAAGUGUGGGAGAUUAUAUUUAUUUUAUUGGUACAUCUGUUUAUGUUACUGUUUUCGUCAUGAAAACUCUUGCUUUCCCUGCGCUGUAGAAAUGCAUAGAAAGCAAAGCUACGCUCACAGCACUGUGCAGGAGCGCUCAAGGGUUUCUCAGUCACCACACUUCCAUCCAUUUGUCUGUCUUCUGGGAUGAAUAGUUGCAGUAUUUUAUCAUAGUAGGCAAUUUUUGUACAGUUUUAUUAAAAUAAAUUUCACAUGGAUGUCUGA